AUGGUUCCGGAAUCCUGGCUGAGGUUUGGAGUGCAAUUGAGGGAUUUCGCUUCUCUAAUAACGAGCGAACUAUACGGCAUAUUCUGUGCCCUUAAAUACCUAAUGGAGAGGAAGCGACGAGAUGCCGUUAUCUUCUCUGAUUCUCUUUCUGCUCUAACUAAUAUAAGGAACAGACGUUUUAAUCAUGCAUGCCAUCCACUUGCAAGGCUUACAGGAAAUCGAAUAGCCGCGGCUGCGCGAUCGGGUGUCAAAGUCAGUCUUGUAUGGGUUCCAGCACAUGUGGGAUUAUUGGGGAACGAACAGGCUGAUGAGGUUGCGAGGUCGGCAUCUAGACUUCCAUUCGUUGUUCGCAGAGAAAAUCCGAUGGCUGAUCUUCGUCUGGUCUAUCAACGGGACGUUAGGGACUGGUCCUUGUUAUGGUAG